CCUCCCUCUCUGUGUCUCGGUCUGCCUCUCCUCUUCCUCUUCUUCCUCCUCCUCCCCUCGAGUGGGAUGGCGGGGGAGGGAGGGCGGAGGCUGUCAGGCUGAAGGUUUAUAAACCCGGGCUCCCCGAAGGCGUCACCUCAGUUUCCCCCUCAGCACCAAAGAGAGACAGGAGUGGUCACAGCUCAGUGUCAGAGGCGUCCAGAUGACUGAGGAACUGCAGCUGCAGAGAUGCGACCUGGAGGUGGCCAACAAUGGUCAGUGCCACCAUACGUCCGAGCUGUCGGCUGACCGGCUGGUGGUCCGCAGGGGUCAGUCCUUCUGCCUCACCCUGCACUUCGAAGGCCGCAGCUACCAAGAAGGGGUGGACAACCUGACCUUCACCGUGGAGACCGGGCCCGAGCCCAGCCCGGAGACGGGUACCAAGGCCCGCUUCGCCCUGUCGGCCGACGAUCCCGUGGGCUGCUGGUCGGCCUUCCUGAUGAACCAAGACGACGCCAGCCUCUCCGUGGCCCUCUGCUCUCCACCGGACGCCCCCGUCGGGCAGUACCAGCUGACCCUGGAGACGGACAUCGGGUCCCAGGGGAGCCGCUUCCAGGCCGGAAAGUUCAUCCUCCUCUUCAACUCCUGGUGUCCCGAGGACUCAGUUUACCUCGAGGACGAGAAGGAGCGGGAGGAGUACGUGCUCUCUCAGUACGGCGUCAUCUACCAGGGCUCGCACAAGUUCAUCAACCCCACGCAUUGGAACUUCGGCCAGUUUGAAGACGGGAUCCUGGACAUCUGUCUGCACGUGCUGAACCUCACCCCCAAGCCGCGCCAGGACACGGAGGGGAACGGCUUCUGGAGACAGAGCCCUGUCUACGUCAGCCGGGUGGUCAGCUCCAUGAUCAACAGCAACGACGAGGACCAUGGGGUCCUCCUGGGCCGCUGGAAGGAUCCCUACGACGACGGGACCAAUCCCAACUUCUGGACCGGGAGCGUCGCCGUCCUGCGGAAGUGGAUGGAGUCGGGAAACCAGCAGGUCCGAUACGGCCAGUGCUGGGUCUUUGCCGCCGUCGCCUGCACGGUGCUCCGGGCCUUGGGGAUUCCUACUCGUGUGGUAACCAAUUUCAAUUCGGCCCAUGACACCAACAGGAAUUUAGUCAUUGACUUUUACUACGACGAGUCGGGCAAGCGGCUGGAAGGCCAGAGAGACUCCAUCUGGAACUACCACUGCUGGGUGGAAUCGUGGAUGACCCGGCCGGACCUCCGGCCCGAAUACAACGGUUGGCAAGCCAUCGACCCCACGCCUCAGGAGAGGAGCGACGGCAUCUACUGGUGCGGGCCGGCCUCGGUCAACGCCGUCAAGGAGGGCGACCUGUCGGGCGGGUUCGACGUGCCCUUCAUCUUCGCCGAGGUGAACGCGGACGUGGUUCACUGGUUCCAGGAGAGCGAUGGCAGCCGCCGGAAAUACUCGUCCGACCCCCGCUUGGUGGGCAAGAGCAUCAGUACCAAGAGCGUGGGCACAGACCAACGCCAAGACAUCACCCACUGCUACAAGUACCCGGAGGGGUCAGACGAGGAGAGGGAGGCGUUCCGCAAAGCCGACCGGCAGCUGGCGGAGCCGGAGCCGGAGCAGGCGAGCGUGUCCGUGAGGAUCAAGGGGUCCGAGCACAUGGACAAGGGCAGCGACUUCGACGUGUCGGCCCUGGUGACCAACGGCACCGACGGAGAACUGCACGCCCGCCUCCGCCUCUGCGCUCGCACCAUCUCCUACAACGGCAUCCUCGGGGCGCCCUGCGGCUUCAUCGACCUGCAAGACUUCAGUCUCCCCGCCGGCACCGACAAGAUGGUCCCCCUGCGCAUCCUCUACGAUGAAUACAGCCCCUACCUGACCGAAUCCAACCUGAUCAAAGUGGUGGCCCUCCUCUCCGAGCCCCAGAGCGACAGAUACCUGAUGGCCGAGAGGGACGUCUACCUCAAGAACCCGGACAUCAGAGUCAGGAUUCUGGGGGAGCCCAAGCAGUACGAGAAACUGGUGGCUGAAGUGUCUCUGAAAAACCCCCUGAAGACCCCCCUGCUGGACUGCUGUUUCACCCUGGAGGGAGCCGGACUCACCCUCGGUCAGCAGGUCAUCCACCUCCCGGACCCAGUGGCAGCGGGAGAAGAAGCCAAGGCACGCUUAGCCCUGUUCCCUCAGCAGUCAGGCCUGCGUAAGCUCGUGGUGGAUUUUGAGAGUGACCUGCUGAAGGCCGUGAAGGGCUUCCGGAAUGUGAUCGUGGCUCCCGUGCCCAAGUGAGCCAGGCGGGGAGGGGAAAGGGCCACGAGGGUGGGUCCGGGGUCCCCCGCCGUCCUCCCUCAUGCCCCCCACCGAAGCUCGGCCACCCAGAGACGACGCCAGGCCUCAGCAAGGCCUCCAGGCCUCAGAAACGCACGAAGCCUCUUUCUCACGAAUCCUCUUUCUGGGCAUCACCUGUCGCCCGCACUCUCUGCUGCCACACUGAGCCACCACACGGGACAAAGACUGACCGUUUGCCCCAGUUUGAACGGGCCCUUCCACCCGUUUUCCCCCCACCCCAAUCCGGGCCACCUCCUCCUCUCAACCUCUGAGACCCAUUGUCCACGCUCCUUGGACUCCUCCAAACCGACUCCCUGAGGUGUUUCACCUCAGGCCAACCCUCCUCUGGCUUCCAUCUAGCCGGGCGGUGCCCACCGGGAUUCCACCCUCACUGGGUCAUGGGGUCCCGUCUUUCCCCCGUGACGUGCCCUCCGACCCAGGGCCCCUCAGAGGCCUAGGUGGGUGCCAGGCAGAUAGCCAACCCAGCCCUAAAAAUAAGCACCAGCCCACGGGACAGAGGCCAAAUGAAGAUCAGUCUGCCCCCGAUAAGAAACAGCAAGUAUUGCUUCCCUCCAACCGCCUCCUCUCCACUCAGUCCUGUUUGGCCUCAGUCUGUGGACCAGGAGUCAGGGUGGGUGAGGCUGGAGGGCGGGAGGACUUGCUUUAAUUCAUUCAUUCAUUCAUUCAUUCAAUCAUAUUUAUUGAGCACUUACUGUGUGCAGAGCA